AUCUAAACCUUUCUCCGAGUGUUGACCGGCAAUUGAGACCCUGGCCGGCUUUGUUCCUGUCUUAUUUGUGAUAUCUGUGAGCACUGUCGCACCGUCAUGGAGCACUCGUACCUCCCUCCAGGCGCAUCACUGCCAGGUUAUUCGGCGGAAGCAUCUCUGGCGCAACUCAAUGACUCCAGCCAAAUACCCUUUUAUGCAAUAUUUGCCCCGGCUACCUAUCCGGAGAGCGUGGCCUUCUGGCAUGAUCCUCCCGUCCAACAGCACGGAAUGUCCGCGUUUGGGGGUCUACCAAUGUCAACCCCGCAACCAGCGCAAUCGGCAGUUGAUCAGAAAAAACACAAAAGAACGAGAAGUGGCUGUUUUACUUGUCGGUCGCGUCGAGUAAAGUGCGAUGAAACUCGUCCUAUCUGUGAAAGGUGUAGGAAAGGUAAACGAGAAUGUGUUUACCCACCGCCGCCAUCCCAGAAGUCUGGCAGUCGCGCGGGCACCAGAUCUACGUCACAGGGCGACUCCUCAGACAACAAUGAGGGUGAUGACGCCAGUGGAUUAGAAACUAUCCAGGAUGAAGAAGGCUCAGAGCAGAGUGGGCGUACUUCUUCAACUAUAAGUACGACAAAGCACCGGCCGGCCGUUUCCAAGACACGCAGCGCACACUCAAUAGCCAAGAGAAAGAUCAAGCAGACACCAGACAGCUCAACGCUAAGCAAAGAAAAGAGCCUGUCGCCAUUCACAGACACUGCUACAAGGUCAGAGUCACAUAGCCCGGCCAGCAAUACUCCCUCAGUCGGCUUCGAUCCGCUCUACGGGCAAGAAAUCUCCAAUCUCCCCGAGACCGCACAGUUACCGGACGACAUACUCUUCUUCUUAGACUACCACCAGAAAGAGAUCACACAUCAUCAUUACAUGUUGAAGUCUCGAUCCGGGGAAUUCAUCCAUAGGACGAUUGUGGAAUUGUGCUUGAAAUACGAACCUCUGCUCUAUGCCGUAGUUGGAUUCUCAGCUUAUCAUUACUGCCUGAGACAACCAGGUGGAAAGCUGUACACUUUCCUGCGGUAUUAUAACAAAUCCUUGAUAUUAUUAAGGAAAUCUCUUGCGUCAGCAGAGCCGCACAGCGAGGCAACCUUGAUUACGAUCCUCUUGCUUACGACGUUCGAGGAAUUCACUGGUGAUUGGGUCAACCUUGUUGACCAUCAUCAAGCAGCACAUACUCUGAUCCUCGAGUUGUUAACACCCGAAACGGCGAACGAGAACGAACUACAUCGACAUAUUUUCGUCUGGUACGCUCGUUUUGAUCUCGUUGCCGGUCUCUUGGCUGGAAAUGAGACAAUUCUCACCCGAGAAUGGUAUACAUCACGCGAAGAGUAUGAUGCAAAAGAGGCAGCUGAGGAUCCAAGCGAUGUACAGAAGCAAUUGUCACUGUUUAACUCACGCAACCGCAGAUUCGCCAUGGACAUGGCGUCUCUUUACGCCAAACUCUCCCGCGGAAUGAUACCAAUGGACCAAUUUGUUGCACAGAAUGAGCAGCUCUCGUUAACCAAGGAGGAACUACGCACUUUACUCACUCAAUUUGAUGCGUCUGAGCAUACUGUGACUUCGUAUCCUCACAAGGUGCCACUCACGGAAAAUGACAUUGUCGACCCUUAUAUGCCAGGUCGCUUUUUUGAGGGCCCUCUAUGGGAUGUCAACUUUUCCUGGAUAGAUUUUCUGGCUACGUCUUUGAUGUUCGAGUAUCAGUCAUCCCUUGUCCUGAGGCAAGAAUCUUCCUCCGAGUUGCAGCACUCUGCUUUGGAACAGUGUCGCCUCAUUGAAACUAUUGAACGGUGGCCGGAGAAGGAGAACGGGACAGUAAUUGCCUUCCAUUCAAGUCUGGGCCUUGCGAGUAUGUUCAUUCCCAAAGAUGCGAGGCACACCAUGUGGAUCAGAAGGAAACUGGCACGUGCCGAGCAGGACGGGUACAUAUAUCCACCAAAGUUUAGGAUGAGCAUGGCACAGAUAUGGGGUAUCCCAGAGGUCAAGCACUGGUGGCUCCCGAACGACGAAGGAUAUCCCGACAUAGUUCGGGAGAUCCGAAAAAUGACCGAAGAGCGCACGACAAAUCCACGGGAUAAUUUCCGUGAAGAUGUUCGUGAAAUGAAAACAUUGUUUGGCAAAAUGAAUGUCGAUGACAGCCCGGUUUAGAGGUAUUCUAGGAGUAGAAUGCCCAGUUAGGGAAAGCAUCAGGACAUUGGCAUUGCAGCCACGUGGAUAAGCUCAUCGGACAUCUGGACUUGACUGAUGAAGCUGAAUAAUGCCUCUACUUGCACCUUUCUGAAAGAAGCAGGAGCGGAAGAACCCGUAUCACACGCAAGGAAUCCUCC